AUGGCUAGGACUAAUACCUGCACUAAGAGUAUUAGAGACACUGUGGCUAGGACUAAUACCUACACUAAUAAGAGUAUUAGAGACACUGUGGCUAGGGCUAAUACCUACACUAAGAGUAUUAGAGACACUGUGGCUAGGGCUAAUACCUACACUAAUAAGAGUAUUAGAGACACUGUGGCUAGGACUAAUACCUACACUAAUAAGAGUAUUAGAGACACUGUGGCUAGGGCUAAUAACUACACUAAGAGUAUUAGAGACACCGUGGCUAGGGCUAAUACCUACACUAAGAGUAUUAGAGACACUGUGGCUAGGACUAAUACCUACACUAAUAAGAGUAUUAGAGACACUGUGGCUAGGGCUAAAACCUACACUAAUAAGAGUAUUAGAGACACUGUGGCUAGGGCUAAUACCUACACUAAUAAGAGUAUUAGAGACACUGUGGCUAGGACUAAUACCUACACUAAUAAGAGUAUUAGAGACACUGUGGCUAGGGCUAAUACCUACACUAAUAAGAGUAUUAGAGACACUGUGGCUAGGGCUAAUACCUAUACUAAUAAGAGUAUUAGAGACACUGUGGCUAGGACUAAUACCUACACUAAUAAGAGUAUUAGAGACACUGUGGCUAGGACUAAUACCUACACUAAUAAGAGUAUUAGAGACACUGUGGCUAGGGCUAAUACCUACACUAAGAGUAUUAGAGACACUGUGGCUAGGACUAAUACCUACACUAAUAAGAGUAUUAGAGACACUGUGGCUAGGGCUAAUACCUACACUAAUAAGAGUAUUAGAGACACUGUGGCUAGGGCUAAUACCUACACUAAUAAGAGUAUUGGAGACACUGUGGCUAGGGCUAAUACCUACACUAAGAGUAUUAGAGACACUGUGGCUAGGACUAAUACCUACACUAAUAAGAGUAUUAGAGACACUGUGGCUAGGGCUAAUAACUACACUAAGAGUAUUAGAGACACUGUGGCUAGGGCUAAUACCUACACUAAGAGUAUUAGAGACACUGUGGCUAGGACUAAUACCUACACUAAUAAGAGUAUUAGAGACACUGUGGCUAGGGCUAAUAACUACACUAAGAGUAUUAGAGACACUGUAGUUAGGGCUAAUACCUGCACUAAUAGGAGAUUAACUAUGUUGUGUAACGCUGUUAACAGGAUAGUGUCACAAAAAUGGAGCUCAGAUAUUACAGAAUGUUUAUGA